AUGCCUGUCGGUCUGCGUGUCGUUUGUUUGCGCCCCGUCAUGCGGAGCUCCAUCGCCGUUGCCGCGUCACCGUUGUGUUGCACUUCGCUUUGCACCGCACGGCGACUUCAGGCCAGCGAUCAGUUCCACCGCUACCUGCACAACCCGCACAUUGUCCAGCCAGACGGCGUGGACACGCUCCCUCGCACCAAAGGCGAUCAGCAGCAGUGGCUGAACACGGAACAGUGGGUCGGCUACAGCGACACUUACCUAAAGCGACACAUGCAGUACCCCCCAACCAACGAACAGCCCAACGCGCAGCUUAACUCCAGUCAUGCCCUUUUGUACAAAUGCCUGAGGACGUGCUACGAGUGCUACGGCCCUCUUGCCGAGGAGUUGCAGACACUACACGAAGACCCACUUCACCCGCGCUUUCAUGAAAAAAUUGCUCACGUCAAGAAAGAAAAGGAGAAGAUUGCCGCUGAAUUGGAUCGCGUGUAUGCCGGCCUGCACCCCACUGUGAAGACGGUCUAUGACGCAUAUUUAGUCCGCCGUUUUUUUCAUUUGAACGAUUGGGUCAAGCAUGUUGAGCAGAAGCGACACAAUCUCCUCUGCCGCCUGUCACCGGAUCACAUAGAACAGGUAAAGCGAGCAAGGGGAGUGUCCGCACACUUUAUAGAGCGUCUUCGAAGGCUCGAAGCGGCCUUCACACACAAUCCAACGUUGGGACUGUUAGAAGGUGAGGAAGGCAAGCAGUACACGCAUGACGAGUUAGUAAUGCUCCGGCAGAAGGCAGCAUAUUUUCGUAACAUGCGCCAACUUGGAGCCAGUCAACAGGAGGCCGACGUACACACACACUAG